AGAGUUUCAUGCCAACAGCUAUGUAAAUUUUUUUGAAUGAUCAAAUAAUAAAGAGAAACAAUAAAUAAUUAAUACUUAACUUUCAAAGCUCAGUUUGAAAAAUUGUCAUUAUCGUAUAACAUCUUUUCUAAAAGAUUUUUUUUUAUAAAGAAAUGAUUAUGUCAACGAAGUGAAUGACAUGCUUACUCAUCCUUACUGGAGAUACGGUGUUGAAUUUAUCAAAAUGUAUUUAAAUACAGAACCACUUUUUUUAUUAUUUGACGAAAAAGUUGAAAAAAUUGAUGCUUCCAUAUUGUUUCCAGACUCCACUACUGAAAUUGUUACGAAAUAUAACUUCCAAGAAAAGGUAAUACAGUACCAUUUAUUAUUAAGCUGCUACUAUGGAUUAGGAUUGAAAAACUAUGUAUACUAUGUAAAAGAAUUAUGUAAAUUAUGUAUAAAAGUAGAUCCAAAAUCUUGCGAAAUUCAAUUAAAAAAAAAAAUAAUAGAAUAUACUGUGGAACUUAUUAAAAUGAAAAAUUCUUUACUUCAUUUUUCUCGAUGGUUGGGCGAUAAACCUAAAUUAACAAACUUAGUUCAUAAAGUAAUUGAUAAUCUUCUUAUAAUAUCUCAAAACACAGAUACAUUAACAUCCGAUGAUACUUUAAUUAAACUAAAUUUAUUAUAUGAAAUGAUAAAUAAAUUUUUCAAAAAGCAUAUGGAACCAGAAAUUGGCAAAAAUAAAUCGACUAGUGAAAUUAUUUUAAAAAAAACUAUGCAACAACAAAAUUUACCAUUAGAUAUUAAAAUUUCCUACAUUUUAAAAUGCUUUCAGGAAAAUAUAAACUUAAAUAGUUAUAAUAAUCGUCAAUGUGGUUUUAUUUAUGAUAAAAUAACAUCUGACUGUAUUGGAGUGACAAAAUAUGUGGAAUGUCCAAUUACUCCACCUCCGCAAUAUGAUAAAGAUGAUGAUGAUUUCUAUACAUUAAAAUUUUAAGUAGAAUAAUUGAAUCGAUUAUUUCAGAAACUCAUUCUGUACAACAUGUAUUGCAUGUAUUUUUAGUGAAUACUCGUACAGUAAUACUUUUUAUUAAUUUUUUCCUUAACUCGUUUGUAUAUGCAAAUUCUGAAAUAAAUUUUCAAUAUUAUCGUAUUUGAUUCUUUAAAACAUUAUUACUUUA